AGCAACCUGAGAGGAAGGAUUUCUUUUUUGAGCAGAAACCAAGAAGCAAACCAACACAUCACAAUGGCAAAGAUCGUAAUUGGAAUCAUUGCAAUUGUUGCAUCCUUCAUGCUGGCUGAUAGCCUGACAUGCAACAAGUGCAGCUACGGUAUUUUGGGCUUCUGCGUGAGCAACUCUGAGAUUAACUGCUCCACCAACACCAGCUCCUGCUUUACCGGAAAAACAACUUUCACCUCCCUGACCUCUGUGGGCUUCAACAACCAGGGCUGCAUGGAGCCCGCUGGCUGCAACGCAACCACUAAUGGCACCAUCAUUGGGGUCUCCUACACGACCACAAUCACCUGUUGCUCAACAGACAAGUGCAACCCCGUCACGGUCACCGGCGCCGCCUCAUCCAUCAAGAUGAGCCUCACCGCUGCCCUCGGUGUAGCUGUCCUGGCCUCCUUGAUGGGAAGCUUGUAA